AUAGUAGUUCGACAGUGAACGACCAGCAUGGCCAGUGAAGCGAUCGAAACCUCCAAGUUUCUGAAGGAUAAGGAAGCCGGCAUAGAUGUAUCUGAAGCUGCGAAGAGGCAGCAUUCUGCGGAUACCACAUGCGGUUUCUCCAUUUUCAGGGGCCCCGCCUUGCAGAGAUUCGCGACUGCUCAUAUGUUCGUGAUUGUGUACGGGAUAGCCAGCUGCUUUCUGGCCAUGGCCUUUACCUAUUUCACCGGAACCAUCACGACGAUGGAGAAGCGCUUCAACAUACCCACCAAGAUAUCGGGUCUCAUCACGGUGGGUAAUGAUAUUAGCACGGUGUUCUCCUCGGCCUUCUUGAGUUACUACGCGAGUCGAGGACAUCGCCCACGCUGGGUGGCAUUGGGCCUCUUGAUUAUAGCCCUCUUCUGCCUGCUCAUGUUGACUCCUCACUUCUUCUACGGACCCGGCGAAGAAGCUCUGCGACUCACAGAAGAAUACGGAUCCUUUGAUGCAGCUCUAAAUAUCACCGAAAAGAACGACUCACUGUGCCACAAAAAGGACUCGAAGUGCAUAGAAGGAGCUGGGGACUACACCCCCGUAGUGCUGUUCUUCGUCGCCCAGUUUAUCGGUGGAAUCGGGUGUUCGCUCUUCUACGCGCCAGGACUCUCCUACAUGGAUGACAACUCGGCGAGCUCCAAGACCCCAGCUAUGCUAAGCUGGAGCUCCUUUCUGCGUAUGCUGGGUCCUGCCAUGGGCUUCUCCAUGGUGUCCUUGUGCCUGCGGCUGUACAUCGAUCCAUUCAAGACGCCGCUGAUCACCACCAGCGAUCCGCGCUGGAUGGGCGCUUGGUGGCUGGGUUGGAUCCUGCUCACCAUCAUCCUGAUGAUCUCGGCAGUGUUUGUGGGCAUGUUCCCCAAGGAAAUGCCAAGUGCCAAGGCCAGGCGCCUGAAGGCGGACGGCGAGGAGGAUAUUCCGCUGGCGGAGCGCUCCUUUCAGGAUAUGCUGGACUCCCUAAAAAGACUAGCCUCGAACAAGGUGUAUGUGUACAACAUGAUGGCCUCGAUUCUGUACUUCUUUGGCUACAUGCCGUACUGGAUAUUCACACCGAAAUACAUUGAGAUCCAGUACAGACAAUCGGCAUCCACUUCCACCAUGGCCACGGGUACCGUGGCGCUGGGAUUCUCCGCCGCAGGAAUUUUGAUCUCUGGAUAUGUGAUCUCCAAGUAUAAGCCCAGUGCCCGGGCAAUGGCAACCUGGAACUUCGUGGUGGAUUACUUGACGGUGGCUGGAAUGCUGUGCUAUGUGCUCGUGGGCUGCGACGAGAGUGAUCGGGCAAACUCCCAGUCCAUCGUGCCCACCGGUGACAGCUGCAGUGCCUCAUGUGACUGCGAGUACGUGUACUAUGCUCCGGUUUGCAGUCCGGAAAAUGUCACCUUCAUAUCUGCCUGCCACGCGGGAUGCACCGAGAAGGCCAUAGAUGAGCUGGGAAAGGCAUUCUACACAGGAUGUCGUUGCAUGGGCAACUUUUCCAGCCUGAUCUCACUGUCUAAUGUGACAUCUCUGGCAUCCCAGUCGCAGAUCGCCAUGGAUGGAGCCUGUCCGGUGGACUGCGACAAACAGUUCCUCAUCUUCCUGGCCGUCAUGUGCUUCCUGAAGUUCGUGGGCGCCUCUGGGAGAUCGAGUAAUCUGCUACUAGCCCUGCGAUGCGUUCCCUCGAUGGAUAAAACCUUCUCCUUGGGAUUUAGUAGUAUGGUGUACGCCGUGCUGACCUUCAUUCCCAGUCCCAUUGUGUUCGGUUGGAUGCUGGACAGCUAUUGUCUCGUUUGGGGCAAGACCUGUGGCUCCAAGGGCAACUGCUGGAUAUACGACACAAAGUCUCUGAGAUACACCAUGAAUCUCGUCGCCUCCCUGAUUUUCCUGGGCAGCUUCUGGAACAUUGGAGUUUGGUAUCAUGCGAAGGACAUGAAAGUCUUUGAUGAAGAGGAUAAAACUGUGCACGCCAAGCAGAUUGAAGAAAUGGAGCUUAAGGAAAAGUCAAAAGAAGUUGUCACCAAUAAAAUAUAAACGCUUUCAGAAACAUGUA